AUGCAUAUGGUCCACCCAGCGAAGCUAUUUACAAUUUUCCAUUACUAUGCAACCACAAUCCCAGACGACUCUCACAAAACCUCCUCCCCAAGCAUUCUGCAACACUAUCCCAAAGAACCGACGGUAUUCAACGCUGGCUCCGAUUCCGAGAUGUCGUUGACCACCUCGAGAACCGUCUCCUCUUCGCCAGUGUUGGCGAACAGCUUAUCCACAACGAACGAGGAUUCCCCGAGCGUAGAAAAGACGGAUCCAACGGUACCUCAGCGUCUCGCCACCGCGAAACAUUCCUCCGUCGUUGUGAAAACCGAUCGAGAGCUACCGGUUCUGGAUAUCACGUGGAAUUACAACUCCUACAGAUACAAAACUUUCGAGACAUGUUUGAAGAAUUACUACGGCGAGAAAUAUCCGCCUGGCGAUGUUGUGUUGAAUUACAUGCAGUUGAAUUUGUCAGACUCUCGCGCCAGCAUGAACGCGGCGGCAAGUAUGUUCGAUUUUGUGAGAGAGAGCGAGACACAGUUGAGUAUCGCGUCGAGGAGGCCAGAAAUCGAGUAUCUUAAUCCGUUGGAUUACUUUGUGGCGAAGCAGUCAGACACACCAGCCACUGUGGAGAGAUCCACGGGAACAGACGAGCCCGUAAUCACCAACAGAGAAAGGAAUCAGCCGAAUCGGAGAUCCUCCAGGAAGAUCGAGGCUCCUUGCAAAUGCUAUUUGUCCUCGUCCUGGCGUGUUUACAGAACGAAUGACUCUCGAAGAAACUACCCGCUGCGCGGAGAACACGGCCGUUUUCAAACGGCCGCUGGAUGCUUCAAGAUCGAUUAG